CUUGGAACUUGGGACUCGCUGGAGCAUGCGCAAAAGCUACCCCGGGCCUCCGCACUGGGUUUCCCAGAAGCCUUUGCAGCCCAGGCGGCGGGAGGGAGCGGCCCACGCGGGGCUUCCUUUCUUCUCGGUUUUUGUGUCUUCGCGCUGUUGGCGGCUGCCCUGGAUCUGCUCGGGCUUUAGCUCGGUGCCGCCGCCAAGGCUGGGCAGCGGGGAAGCCGCCACUGAGAGAGGGUCUGAGACUCAAUCAGCGGUGCCGUCCUGCCCUGAUUCUUCCCUCCCUCGUGUCUUUCCUCACUCCGGUUCUGGGGAGCGUAUGCUUCUCUAGAUCGGCCCCAUAAGGUGAAGGAUGGACGCAUUUCAGCAGUCAGUCAACAAAUCUGGAAGGAGUGUAUUUUUGUCAGAAUAUGAUUUCCCCCCUGAGGACCGCUUUAGCUACAUCUCAGAAAUUUUGCCCAGGGCUCUAGCCUGUCCAGGUGCUUUAGGAUCCUGACUUCAUCCCCUGUCAUGGUGCUAUGGAGAUUUGAUGGGCACACCAGCUACCACGCCCUUUAUCCAAGCCAUUGAUGAAACAAUGUUAAAUGGCGCAGGACCACGUCCAGCCUCUGAGGCCCUCCACUGGACACCGUCUGCCAUGUGGGCAUUGAAACAUGAGUUCUUUGAGUCCAGCUAACCAACCAGUUCUGAAUCCUUCAAGUUGUGUCAUUAUCUAAUCUACAUGGCUCCAUCUUCUCCACAAGUAUAGUAUAAGACCUUUUACGAAAAGCCUGGCUCAAAAUCUAGGGCUGACUCAGGCUGAAGAUUCUGUUUCAGAAGCAUUGAGCAGAACCAUGGCCUUUGUCCUCCUGCCUCCCAGGGCUCACCAGGAACUGGUGACAUUCAAGGAUGUGGCUGUUGACUUCACCCCAGAGGAGUGGGGGCACCUGCACCCUUCUCAGAAGGAGCUGUACAGGGACGUGAUGCUGGAGAACUACCAGAACCUGGUCUGGCUGGGGCUUGCGGUUUCCAAACCAGAUAUGAUUUACCAGUUGGAGCAAGUGGAAGGCUCUUGGGUGUCUGAGAGAGAAGUGCCAGCAAUCUGCUGUCCAGAUUUUGAGACUAGACUUGAAACCAAGCUGGCCACUUCAAAGCUGGACAUUUCUUUGGAAGUAUCAUCCCAGGAAAAAGUCUUCAGGGAUGACUCUUGUAUCUCCAAAUUGCGAGAAGCCUUUGAAUAUGAUACCUGGCUGGAAAGCCAGCAGAACAAUGAGGAGAAACCUUACGAAUGUAAUGAAUGUGGGAAGUCUUUCCACCAGAUAACACAACUUUGGCAGCCUCAGAAUAUUCAUACUGGAGAGAGACCUUAUGUAUGUAAGGAUUGUGGGAAAGCCUUCCGCCAUCGUCCAGCUCUUACUCAACACUGGAAGAUUCAUACUGGAGAGAAACCGUAUAUAUGUACAGAAUGUGGGAAGGCCUUUCAUCAGCGGGCAGGACUUACUCAACAUCAGAAAACUCAUACUAGAGAGAAACCUUACAUGUGUAAGGAAUGUGGGAAGGCCUUUCACCAGAGCACAGCUCUCACUCUGCAUCAGAGAGUUCAUACUGGAGAGAAACCUUAUGAAUGUAUGGAAUGUGGGAAGGCCUUCCAUCAAAGGACAGGACUUAAUCAACAUCAGAAAAUUCAUACUGGAGAGAAAACUUACGUAUGUAAUGAAUGUGGAAAGGCCUUCCACCAGAGCCCAACUCUUACUCGACAUCGGAGGAUUCAUACUGGAGAGAAACCUCAUGUAUGUAAGGUAUGUGGGAAGGCCUUCCACCAGAGCACAGCACUUACUCAACAUCAAAGGAUCCAUACUGGAGAGAGACCUUAUGAAUGUACUAAAUGUGGGAAAUCCUUCAACUGCAACUCCUACCUUAUUUCCCAUUACAGAAUUCAUAUUGAUGACAGACCAUAUGAAUGUAAGGAAUGUGGAAAGGCCUUCCGCCGGAGCACACAGCUUACUAGACAUCGGAGAAUUCAUACUGGUGAGAAGCCUUAUGAAUGUAAUGAAUGUGGCAAAGCCUUCUAUCGACGGUCAGGACUUACAGGACAUCAGAAAAUCCAUACUCGAGAAAAAUCUUGUGGAAUCAAAUGAAUGUAGAAAGCUUCCAGAACGCAGCACUUAACUUCAAUCAGAUACUGGGGAGAAAUAGAAAUAUAACAAAUGUGAGAAUGCCUUCUGUCACAUAAUAGGAUUGAACUGACAUCUGGGAAUCCAGACCUAAAAAGGGGGAAUAUUGUGGGAAAGCCUUCCUCAACUUACUCUGUACCAAAGGAAUUACACUGGAAAGAAACCUUAGGAAUGCAAAGCAUGUAUGAAAGGGCAUUAAUUUUUCUGAAAGAUUUAGAAUCAAACUAAAAAAGAACCCAAUAGGAAAGGGAAACUCCAAGUUGCUCCAAUAGCUUUUUCUUAUUUUUUUUAAAGGAAGACGACAAAACUAUUUAUUGAUCACUGUUCACCAGUAUUUGCAAUAAACUAAAUAAUAUACAGUUGUAUAACA